AGUCUGAGUGGAGGAGGAGGGAAAGAAAAGCAUCUUUUGUUGCCAGGGAUCUUCAACCAUGAGUGGAUGCCCUUACUUUCAGAGGCGACACCAGCUAAUAAACAAGCUGGAUGAAGAGGUGGAUGACUCACAGGAAGGGACCAACAAGGCCAGCAAAGGAGGCAUUAUCUAUGGAGACUACUUGCAGCUGGACAAGAUUGUGACAUCACAGUUGCUUCAGAGUGAAUUGAAGGGAAACAAAAUCCAUGAUGAACAUUUGUUUAUUGUCACUCAUCAAGCUUAUGAGCUCUGGUUUAAGCAGAUCCUGUGGGAACUGGACUCAGUCAGAGAGAUCUUCAUCAGUGGACAUGUCCGUGAUGAACGCAACAUGCUGAAAGUCAACACUCGUAUCCACAGGAUUGUGAUGGUACUCAGACUACUGGUUGACCAGUUUGCUGUACUGGAAACUAUGACAGCCUUAGAUUUCUACGACUUCAGAGAAUACCUCUCACCAGCCUCAGGGUUCCAGAGCCUGCAGUUUCGUUUGUUGGAGAAUAAGAUUGGAGUUUGUGACAGUGGGAGGGUUCCCUAUAACCGACGGCAUUACCGUGACAAUUUCAAAGGUCAAGAGAGUGAACUGCUGCUACGCUCAGAACAAGAACCCACACUGUUACAGUUAGUGGAGAAAUGGCUGGAGAGAACCCCAGGCCUUGAAGAGGAUGGAUUCAACUUUUGGGGGAAACUGCAAACAAAUAUUUUUGAAGGCAUUCGAAAAGAGAGAGAGGCAACUGAGAAAAUGCCAGACUCUGAGUUCAAAGAGGAGAAGAUGGAUGAACUGAAUAAACAGAAGGAUCUGUUUGUGUCCCUGUUUGAUGAGAAGCGACAUGAACAUCUUUUGAGCAAAGGUGAGAGACGGCUGUCUUAUAAAGCUCUCCAAGGAGCUUUGAUGAUUUACUUUUACCGAGAGGAGCCUCGUUUCCAGGUGCCCUUCCAGCUGCUGACAUCUCUGAUGGACAUUGACACCUUCAUGACUAAAUGGAGAUACAACCAUGUUUGCAUGGUGCACAGGAUGAUUGGCAGUAAGACGGGGACAGGAGGUUCAUCAGGCUACCUUUAUCUCCGUUCUACAGUCAGUGAUCGCUACAAAGUGUUUGUGGAUCUGUUUAACCUGGCAACGUUCCUGGUGCCACGCGAUUGGGUGCCCAAGCUAAGUCCAAACGAACACCCUUUCCUGUACACAGCGGAGUGCUGUGACAGCUCCUACUUCAGCAGUGAUGACUCUGACUAGACAGCACACUGGGGAGGGGCAGUGGAUGGUGUGCUAGUUUUCUUCAGUCCAUCAAAACCUCUUUACUCCUUUUCAUCUGAGGAAAAAAAGCUGUGUCAUAUUUUGGCUCAUAAGUUUCAUUACAUUUUAACAGUAUGACGUGUCAGAGGGUACUUUGGCCACUCUUUCAUGGGUCAACAUAUCUUAAGUUUGUCAUGGUCUUGACUGAUCACACAACAGCUGUACCUAGAGCAAGCACACUGUCUCAUAAACCCAUUAUCAUAAGCUCUACCUAAAGCACCAAAUUCACUGGUAUGUGAACCCAGAAUCACUUGAAUAUAUUCUGUUUAUGUAAUUAUGUACAUGAAAGUAGCUGAGAAAAUCAUUUGUAUAUAUAAGUAAAUGUGCAAAACUGAAAUUUUUAUAUGUGAAACAAUUCAAAAUAAUCAAUGUUUCUUUGUACUGAAGAUCUGUGGUCUAAAAGCAUGUAUCUGCUAAGGUUAACUGUGAGACUGGUCAUUCUUAAAUGGAUGAGUACAAUAAAAAAAAAAAAAAAGGA